AAUAAUAGAAGAAUUUGAAAAUGGUGUCUGAAAAGAAUGAAACAAAAAGGCACUUCCAUAACCAUUCCUACCAGAUCUAUUCGAUAACACUUCAUCAUCUUUUCACAUUCACACUCGCACCAUACAAGUACAACUGACACCACCACGUUAUCCUUAUGAAUAAGGACGGUUAUUAUUAUUAAUAAUAAUAAUAAUAAUAUUAUUAUUAUUAUUAUUAUUAUUAUUAUUAUCCUUUGUUUCCUUGAAAGUAGUUGAAUCACUUUCAAUUCAAUUGCUGAUCCAUUCAAUGGAGUUCACUGAAUCUUACAAGCAAACGGGUCCUUCUUCUUUCUCCCCAAAUUCUCGCUUCUUAGCCGUCGCCGUCGAUUACCGCCUCGUCAUUCGUGACACCCUUUCUUUUAAGGUUGUUCAAUUGUUUUCAUGCUUGGACAAGAUUAGCUAUAUUGAAUGGGCCCUUGAUUCUGAGUACAUUCUUUGUGGCCUCUACAAAAAGCCGAUGAUACAGGCAUGGUCACUGACCCAGCCAGAGUGGACGUGCAAGAUAGACGAAGGUCCUGCCGGUAUUGCAUAUGCUAGGUGGAGCCCGGAUAGCCGUCACAUACUCACCACAUCAGAUUUUCAGUUGCGUUUAACAGUUUGGUCGUUGGUAAACACAGCUUGUGUGCAUGUGCAGUUGCCAAAGCAUGCUUCCAAGGGGGUUUCCUUCACAAAAGAUGGAAAAUUUGCUGCGAUUUGCACAAGGCGUGAUUGCAAGGACUAUAUAAAUCUGUUAUCUUGUCACACAUGGGAAAUAAUGGGCAUUUUUGCUGUUGACACUCUAGAUUUGGCUGAUAUCGAAUGGUCACCUGACGAUAGUGCUAUAGUGAUAUGGGAUUCACCGCUUGAUUACAAGGUUCUAAUCUAUUCUCCAGACGGAAGGUGUCUUUUCAAGUAUCAAGCAUAUGAAAGCGGAUUAGGAGUUAAAAGUGUGUCGUGGUCUCCUUGUGGUCAGUUUCUGGCAGUGGGUAGUUAUGACCAGAUGCUGCGGGUCCUAAAUCAUUUAACUUGGAAGACAUUUGCAGAGUUUAUGCACCCAUAUACAGUCCGCGGCCCUUGUUAUGCUGCUGUUUUCAAAGAAGUAGAUGAACCUCUGCAACUUGAUAUGUCUGAACUAUGUUUGAGCGACGAUUUUUCUCAAGGAAAUGAUGACUCUCCAGAACGACCCUUUAGAGUCAGGUAUGAGGUUACAGAAGUUCCAAUCAAUUUACCAUUCCAGAAGCCUCCUGCUGAGAAACCUAACCCCAAACAAGGAAUUGGCAUGUUGUCAUGGAGCAAUGAUAGCCAAUACAUAUGUACUCGCAAUGAUAGUAUGCCUACAGUACUUUGGGUAUGGAAUCUUCGACAUCUUGAGCUUGCUGCAAUCUUAGUGCAGAAGGACCCUAUCAGAGUGGCAGCUUGGGACCCGACAUGCACUCGCCUUGUUUUUUGCACGGGAAGCACACACUUAUACAUGUGGACCCCGUCUGGUGCCUUUUGUGUUCAUGUUCCUCUGCCAAAAUUUUCGAUAACAGACCUUAAGUGGAAUUCUGAUGGCAGUUGUCUACUCCUUAAGGAUAAGGAGUCAUUCUGCUGUGCUGCUGUACCCUUAUUGCCAGAAUCUAGUGAAUACAGCUCAGAUGAAUGAUGCUUCUUACAAGGGAGUAAAACAAAAUUACUAUGGUAAAUAUGAACAUCUAUGUUUAUCUUUGUGCAUCUGGUAGAUAUAAGUGUAUCUAAGGUUUUUAAGGGUAUGCUGAUCAAUGCAUUUUUCAAGAGGGGCAAUUGAGCUGUGCUUUGUAGUGAGAGUUUCUCUCUGAAACCGUUUGUAAUAUCUUUCAGCCCUUAUUGUAGGAGCAUGGAUUUAACACCAUUCUCUUUUCGUGCUUCAUUUUUAUUAAAAAAAAAAGUGCAAUGCUGUUGAUUGUAUUGUCAUUUAUUCUAAA